UAGAGACGGAUUUACUCGCCGGAGGCGGUUAUUUUCCCGCCCUUUCAUUGCCCGAACGGAUUUUUUUUAACCGCUGCGUGGUUUCCGGCUCAAUGAGCGAGUAGCCCCCACAUUACUUUGGGGGAUACUAGCUCCUCCCCACACCCCGUGUCAGUCUUUCCCGCCAAAUAUAAACGUGUGUCAAAUUCACCUCGCAGGGCAGGAAGGUACAGCCGCCAUUUUAUAAAAUGGGGCCGUUUGUGAUUCAGUGGCUCUGUCAAAGCCUAUGGGGCAACCCCCCCCCUCCACACACACCCUGUACACACACUCCUAAAAACGCCAAUGGGGUGCCCACUAAUCCCACAUGGGCUUAUAUCAAAGCCGUGAGGCACCAGUUUUGGCACAUUUCAUGCUUAUGCUAUGGCGAUGUUGGCGAUAUUGGCUCAUGCCAAGCCAGUGUGGGUGGAUCCCCUAACAAGGCCACUUUAAUGACCAAAAAACACACUGGUGUCAGGCAGGCUCACAUGAACAGACAGAAAGUCCCAAUAUUGCCAUGGGAUAAAAUGCUGUUGGCGUGUGCCAAUUUGGACCUAUAAAAAUCCACGAUAUGGACUCAUGGCAGUACUCUGUCGGCAAACACCAAAUGCUCAACGGCAGGAAAACAUUGCAUAGUUGCAUUGUCAAAAGGUUUGGUGUGGUGAGUGGCAGAUUCCUUUCCACCGGGGGUAUUUGUUUUGGAGUCAACACCCUUGCUAUUGGCUCCGUUGAAAUGUCCGUGUGUGAGGACAUGUUGCUGUGCAAUUACCGCAAGUGCCGUGUCAAGCUCUCAGGCUAUGCCUGGGUCACGGCUUGCUCACACAUAUUCUGUGACCAGCACGGUAGUGGGGAAUUCAGCCGUUCACCAGCAGUCUGUCCUGCCUGCAACAGUGCCCUCUCUGGCAAGCUAGAUAUUGUCCGCACUGAGCUAAGUCCCUCUGAAGAACACAAGGCCAUGGUGUUAGCUGGACUUCGGCCAGAGACUGUGCUGGACAUCAGCUCCCGUGCACUCGCCUUCUGGACAUACCAGGUUCACCAGGAGCGCCUGUACCAGGAAUACACCUACAGCAAGGCUGAGGGACACCUGAAGCAGAUGGAGAAGGUGUACACCCAGCAGCUGCAGAGCAAGGACAUGGAACUGACCUCCAUGAAGAGCGAGGUCUCCUCCCUGAAGAAGGUGCUGGAGGAGUACAAGAAGAAGUUCAGCGAGCUCUCUGAGAAGCUCAUGGAGCGCAACCGCCAGUACCAGAAGCUCCAGGGCCUCUAUGACAGCCUCCGCCUGCGCAACAUUGCCAUAGCUAAUCAGGAGGCUGCCCACGAGCCUCCCAUAAUGCCUCAGCCUGCUGUCUUUGGCUUCCCAUUGGGUAAUGCUGCCAGGUUCCCUGGGGAUGCCACGCCGGUCCGGGGCAGGUGUGGGGAGGGAGACUUCCACUUCAAACCCUUCUUUGCCACAUCCCCACCUGCAGGUGAAUCCAGCAACAGCUUCUUCACCUUCUCCUCUCCCAGCAAUGAGCUGGAGCCACAUCCUGGAGCCAGCAGGGCCUACAAGAUGAAGAGGAUAUAGCCGUACCCCCAGAGCGUCUCCUUCCCUGAGAUCCUCAUGGAGACCCCACUCGUGCUGGUGGUGAGCAGCAAGACACAGGAACCCUGUACCCAUCAGCUACUGUGGCCUACCACACACAGAGCAAGUGAGGCCGUUGGGGAGAGAAUGUGCAAAAGUAGCGCCUUGCCGUCUGCGGCUGCUGCUGUGGGGGUCGGACUUAUCCUGCUGUCUGCUGCCCCCCCCAGUGGAUCCCAGAGGCAUAAUAGCUUGGAGAGUCUUGUGGGGCCAGCAGGAUACAGGGGAUUUACAACUGGGUAUUGGGGCAAAGGAUGGGGCUUGAGAACAGGGCGAUCCUCUCUACAGAGAGGGACUGAGAUAGCUGGGGUGUGGGGCAUAGAUGGGCGAGCUCUGAAUGGGGCGAUUCCCUGUACAGCGAGGGACUGGUGCAGCCGGGUUGGAGGGUAUAGAUAGGAGCUCAGAAUGGGAUGCUUCCCCCUACAGAAGGGACAGUGAUCCCUCUUUUCUCAUUCUCUCUCCACUCAGCAUGGUCCCAUCUCACAUGGCAAUGAGCUGUACCCAGGCUCUGCCCCCUGACAACCCAAUAAACCACCCCAAUGGGCUGAUCCCAGGUGUGAAGAAAUCUCACUGGGACUAGGAGACCCCGAACCAAGCCCAUCAAUGCCCCCCUCCAUCCACACCUCUUCCCUGCCCUUUCUCCUUCUCCUCUCCCUUUCCACACUCCUCGUUUCUGUUUCCUUCCCCCUUGGCUGGAAUCACUGGCCCCAACCUCCGUGGUUUCACUGGUUUAUGACUUGCGGAUGUUUAAAGGCAUCUAAUGGGCGUUGUAGCAACCAAAUCUCGGAGAGCUUUGGGGAUCGGACUUCCUUAGUUGCCUUUCAGAACAGGUCUGGCCCGGUGCCUGGCUCUCCAUAUAUACAGAGCGCAGCAUAUUUAUUUUG